AACAACAACAAAACGUCCCUGUAAAUACACGAAAAACACACAAAAACAAAUGCAAUUAAUCGAAUUUGCAUAAUUUUUGCCUUGAAUUUCGCACUUUGAUGGCAGCAAUGUGGCGAUGGAACUGGUCGAGUGUGUGUGAGAAUGGAUUGCAACCUUUUUCAGGGCCAAAUAGCACGACAGAUUUGGCUCCGUGUUUUCAGCAACUUUGUCUGCAGUUUCCAAUCUAUGCAAUUCUCGCAACUUGCUCGGCAUAUUACUUCGGAUUGACGUUCCGUGUGAUCGAGAGGAACAGGAUUCAGCGAAGAUGUAUAGUUUUGAGGCUGUUGGCGACUUUCGGGCUUAUCGUGAUUCCCUUUAGUAAGAUUCUUGAUAUGAUUCAUGGUGACUUUCAUAUUUGGCCGGCGGAUAUUUUGGUUGCGACGACGGAGUUUUUGGCUUGGAUCAUGCAUUUUGGUUUCCUCACAAACAUGAUAAAAUCCGGCGUUCUAAGUCAUCGAGGUCCCCUAAUCCUCAACGUGUCAUGGUCCAUCGCCGCAAUGUGUUCCAUAAUUUGGCUUCGAUCCAAAUGGAAUCAAGAUCUAGAGUCCUUCGCAGGUGCCAGAGUUGCCUUACACAUCAUUUACCUUCUCACACUCCUCCCAAAAGGUCAAGCGCAGCUCGUGCGACGACGAAGGACAAUAAAUGACGAACGCACUGCCUUGCUAAAUACCAAUUAUAUCAGUUUCGACGACGGUUUCGACGAAUACGGGCUCGGGGCGGCACACGAUGAUGCCGGAUUAUUUUCUCGUCUGACCUUUUCGUGGGUCAAACCGCUAAUUUCGAAGGCUUGCUGCGGAUUGCUGACCUGCGUCGAUGAUUUAUUCGAUUUGCCCGAAUGUCUCACAGUAGCGAAAAUUCGCAGUGAGCUCCAAUCACACUUGGAUUGCGCUCGAAGUCUGUUUUCAGCACUUCACAAGUCAUUUGGAGUCGAAUUUUACAUGAUCGGCAUCUUGAGAUUGGCAGCAGAUUUGCUCGGAUUCGCGGGACCUUUGUUGCUUGGAGGUCUUUUGUCGCAGGGAGAAGCGGAAAGUAACAAAGCUUACUUUUACGCCUUGGCGAUGCUUUGUACAACACUUUUAAGUGCUCUUUUCGGGACACAUUUCAAUUGGCGCAUCUCGUUAAUGGGCAUGAAGAUGCGAAUUGGCCUCGUUUCCGCCAUUUAUCGAAAAACGCUCGAAGGCGAGGGCAUCCAUUCAUCGCAAACGGAAAUUGUGGUCCUCAUGUCGACCGAUACCGAUCGAAUUGUCAACAGUUGCAUCAGUUUUCACUCAUUUUGGAGCAUUCCCUUCCAACUUGUGGCAACUUUGUAUCUUCUUUACACUCAAUUAGGCGCCGCAUUCAUCGCUGGAGUCAUUUUCGCAGCUCUUCUCAUCCCCGUGAACCGAUUUAUUGCCAACAAAAUUGCUGAACUCUCAUCCGGAUUGAUGGCAGCAAAGGAUAAACGUGUCACAGCAACGUCAGAAUCCAUCGCGGGAGCGAAACAAAUUAAAUUAAACGCUUGGGAAGAUGUCUUCAUCGAAAAAAUUCAAAAACUCCGAAGGGAAGAAAUGAAAUUUCUCGCCAAAAGGAAAUAUUUAGAUGCACUUUGUGUCUAUUUUUGGGCCACAACGCCGGUUAUCAUGUGCGUUCUCACGUUCGGAGUGUCGGUUUUGAUGGGAAGACCCUUGACAGCAGCGACAACUUAUACGAGCGUCGCCUUGUUGAACAUGUUAAUAGGACCCUUGAACGCUUUUCCGUGGGUUUUGAACGGAUUGGCAGAAGCUUGGGUGUCGUUAAAGAGAGUUCAGAGACUGAUGGAUUUGCAAGAUGUUGACGUCAAUAAAUUGUAUACGGUGAUAAAGAGACGCGGUUUGGAUAUUUUGGAGAAUUUGGAUGAACGUCCUGUCGUUUUGGAGAUCCAAGAUGGGCACUUUCAGUAUGAGGAACAAAAAAUUGUCGAAAAUGAGGAUGAAAGAAUUGUAGCGGAUGAUCCUCAGUUUUGCUUCCAGCUCAUGGAUGUUAAUGUGAAAGUUAGAAGGGGCGACGUAAUUUGCAUCAAAGGUUCCGUCGGAAGCGGCAAAACUACCCUUCUUCUCGCGAUAAUGGGACAUCUCAAACACAACAGCGGCAGAAUUCUCACCGACGACAUCGAAGGAGGCUUUGGUUACGUCAGUCAAAGUGCAUGGCUUCAACGCGGAACAAUUCGUGACAACAUCACGUGGGGAAGUCUCUACGACGAAAGUCGAUAUCGUGCGAUAAUUUCGUGCUGCGCCUUGCAAGAAGAUCUCGAAGCACUUGGCGGCGACAAAUCUGGCGUCGGAGAAGCUGGAAGAUCGCUUUCGGGAGGUCAACGAGCACGUGUUGCUCUCGCUCGUGCCUUGUAUCAAGACAAAAGCAUCUAUUUGCUCGACGAUAUUUUGUCUGCCUUGGAUGCGCAUGUCGCCUCACAUAUCGUGAAACACUGCAUUUUCGGGUUUCUCGCGAAAAAAACUGUGAUUAUCGUGACGGAGAAUCGCACGGUGCUGCAUAAUGCGACGCAAGUCUUGCAACUGGACAACGGAAGGGUCUCGGAAUGCGAUCGAAAUGUCCUCGGAUGCGGAUUUGGCGACGAUGGCGAUGAAUUUGAGGAAGAACUGGAUGAUGUGCAGUCAGAAUCGGAGCUUGCGAGUGUUUCGAGUGCCUUGUUGGAGGAAAAUGACGACGAAACGGUCAGUAUUGAUAGUUUAUUGAUGAACGAGACGAAGGAAGUGGGCACACUCAAUCCGCAAGUCUUCAAGUUUUAUUGGAAUGCGAUGACGGGUCCGCUGGCGAUUUUUGUUCUUUUGUUCAUUGUCGGGAUGCAAGCGACAAGAAAUCUCACAGACACGUGGUUAGCGCAUUGGGUGACCGUAACGACGAUAAAUGCGACAAAAAUUAAUUCUUCGUUGAAUUCAGCGACGACAGAUUUCGAUCGGGAUUUCUAUUUGGGGGUUUAUGUGAGUCUUUCCGUGACAAAUACAGUCGUGACAUUUAUCAGAGCAUUUAUUUUCGCUUAUGGAGGAGUCAGAGCUGCGAAAUUUAUUCACAAUCAAUUGUUGGAUAAAGUUUUUCAUACCAAAUUCCAAUUCUUCGACUGCACUCCCCUCGGGCGAAUUCUCAACAGAUUCUCUUCCGACGUGUACACGAUCGACGAUUCCCUGCCCUUCAUCCUGAACAUCCUUUUGGCACAACUUGCUGGUUUGCUCGGAGCUUUUACUGUCAGUCUCUAUGCAAUGCCUUGGCUCACAAUCUUCGCUGUGCCUCUCAUUCCCAUCUACCUUUCUCUGCAAAAUCGCUACCGAUUUGCGUCUCGUGAUAUCAAAAGACUUUCCAGCAACGCUCUGUCACCGCUCUACGCUCAUUUUACGGAAACGCUGCAAGGAUUGGCGACAAUUCGAUCGAUGCGCGCCAAUAUUCGGUUCUCACGGGAUUUCAGUACGAAGCUCGAGGAAAGUAUCCGAGCGCAAUUGACGUCUUCGGCAGCUCAACAAUGGCUUGGAUUGCGAUUGCAAGUGUUGGGAGCAGUUUUUGUCGGGUUUUCAGGCUUAAUUGCGGCGGCUACUUCAGCGCAUACUUCAACGCCGGGUUUAGUUGGUUUGGCAAUUUCGUAUGCUUUGUCAAUUAGUGGAUUGUUGGCGGGAGUUUUGAACGCUUUUGCCGAGACGGAACAGGAAUUCGUCGCUGUCGAGCGCGUAAGUCAGUAUUGCGAGUUGGAAGGCGAACAAAAUGCGGAUGGUACGAUGGAUCCGCCUUACGGAUGGCCUUGCCAGGGUGUUUUGAGUUACGAAAAUGUCGUAAUGAGUUAUCGCCCGAAUCUCCCGCCUGCACUUCAAGUCGUCAAUCUCAACACGGAAGUCUGCGAACGAAUUGGCGUCGUCGGCAGAACCGGAAGUGGCAAAAGUUCUCUCAUCGCAGCAACUUUACGAGUCGCUCCUUUGACCCGCGGCAUCAUAACUCUCGAUUGCGUCAAUUUAGCGGCACUUCCAUUAUCCGUUUUACGAAGUCGCAUCUCCUGCAUUCCCCAAGAUCCGUUUCUCUUUUCAGGAACCAUCCGAGAAAAUCUCGAUCCGCGAAAUGAACACGUCGAAUCGGAAAUUAUGUCGGCGCUGAGUCAUUGUCUCUCGUCGCCCUUCGUACAAGCAAUGGGCGGCUUGGAUGCCCAACUGAAGAAUAAUUUAUCCGCUGGACAAAAGCAAUUGUUGUGCCUUACGCGAGCUUUGCUCAAAAACUCGAAAGUUGUGUUGGUCGAUGAGGCGACGGCGAAUUUGGAUCCGCAAACGGAAGCCGUGAUACAAACGGUGCUGCAAACGGCAUUUCGAACAAGUACCGUGAUAAUGAUCGCACAUCGCUUGACGGGACUGGAGAACAUGAAUCGCAUUGUCGUCAUGAACAAUGGAAAAAUUGCGGAAAUUGGAAGUCCGUUGGAGUUGGGCAAUAAUCCGAUGUCGAUGUUUCAUCAGUUGUUGCACGAUCAGGGAAACACGAAUUAUGACUCGUUAGCAUUAGUUCCCAUUUAACCAAAAAAAUGAAAAAAAAAGAAUGAAAAAUUGUUGAAAAUUUUAAGAAUUAAUUGAAUGUAAAUCUUCUCUUCUUGUACGUAUA